GCCAAGUACAAGGAGCGAGGGACGGUCCUGGCUGAGGAUCAGCUGGCCCAGAUGUCCAAGCAGCUGGAGACGUUCCGGACCCACCUGGAGGCGUUUGCCAGCAAGCACAAGCAGGAGAUCCGGAAGAGCCCGGAAUUCCGGCUGCAGUUCCAGGACAUGUGUGCCACCAUCGGCGUGGACCCGCUGGCCUCUGGAAAAGGCUUCUGGGCAGAGAUGUUGGGAGUUGGAGAUUUCUACUACGAGCUGGGGGUGCAGAUCAUCGAGGUGUGCCUGGCCCUGAAACACCGCAACGGAGGUGGGGAUCCCUCAUUCCUGAUCAUCCUGGGAUCCCUCAUUCCUGAUCAUCCUGGGAUCCCUCAUUCCUGA